AUGCCACCCCACUUCGCAGGUGCGACUAGUGAGUGCUGCUAUGGUGGAGGCUACGGCUAUGGAAACGGUGGUGGCUACGGUGGAAGAUACGGUGGCGGAUACGGCAGAAGCGACGGCGGAGGCUACCGUGGCGGAAACGCUGUAGGCGAUGGUGGUGGCUCCGCCGGAGUCUACGGUGGCGGCUAUGGUAGAGGCUACGGCGGCGGCUAUGGUGGAGGCUACGGCGGCGGCUAUGGUGGAGGCUACGGCGGCGGCUAUGGUGGAGGCUACGGCGGCGGCUACGGUGGACGCUACGGCGGCGGCUAUGGUGGAGGCUACGGCGGUGGCUAUGGUGGAGCCUAUGGUGGAGGCUAUGGUGGUAGUGGUGGCUACGGCGGACGCUACGGUGCAGGGUAUCUUUCAUUAUACGAGGAUCGACGCUGA